CACGCGUUGACGCGUUCCUUACUAAAAGUGGGCAUUACGUAAUAUUUCAACACAUCCACAGCAUCGUCAUCUGGGAAUGCCUCGCGGACUGAAUUGCAACAAAUCCACCGACAGCGCCCUCCCUUCCGGUCUGGUUGCAGCCUGCACACCCUCUUUUCAAGCUUUGCUUUGCUCAUCUUGGGCAAUUGAUCUUCAACAUGUCGCAUAGCAAAAGGAACACGUCUCGGCCCGUCUUCACCGCGCACGAGCGGGCCAUGGCCAAAUCGGCCUGGAGCUCCUCAUCAGCCCGCUUGAACAGAGACUCGUUUCUACCGUUCGGCUCGUGUUCGCUCUGCCUCGAGUCCUCGGUCGACCCCGUGGCCUGUUCCAACGGCGACAUUUUCUGCCGCGAGUGCGCGCUGAACAACAUCCUUGCGCAGAAAAAGGAGAUCAAAAGGCUCGAGAAGGCCCGGGAGCAAGAGGACAGAGAGGCCGCCGAGUCAAGAGCAAGGCAGGACGAGGAGGCGCAAGCGAGAGCCGUCAAGGAGUUUGAACUGACCCAGGCUGGGUUUGACGUCGCUGGGAGCAGGACUGGGAUUAUCUCGGACGCGAACCUGGCGAAAGAGGCGAAAGCCGGAGAGAAACGCAAAUUCUCGCUGGAUGAGGACGAGGUGCAGCGCAACGCCGACAAUGACCGUGCAAAAGCACGGAAAGCGAUCGAGGACGAGAAGAGCUCCAAGCCGACUCUGCCAUCGUUCUGGGUCCCCUCGGUAACCCCGACGUCAAACAGCAAAGAUAAAUUGCAUGAAGUCAAGAAGAAGGCCAAGACGACGCCCAUCUGCCCGUCGUCUCAGGAGAACUGCCCCCACCCGUACUCAUUGCACAGCCUUGUGACGAUCAACUUUACCGAGGAGGAAGAGUCCAAGGAUACCAGGACCAAGACGAGGAUCUGUCCAUCAUGCAAGAAGGGGCUGACCAACUCCUCGAAAGCGAUGCUUGCAAAGCCAUGUGGUCAUGUGCUUUGCAAGGCGUGCGCCAGCCAGUUCAUGAAACCGUCAGAUCAUGAUCCACAUGCCGACCCGGCUGAUGCGAAGCACGCGAAUGCGGUGAGGUGUUACGUCUGCGACGAGGAUGUGACGGAGAGGCCGGCGAAGAAGGGAGGUGACAAGAAGGACAAGGACAAGAUUCGACCAGGUGUGGUGGAACUCAAGAGUGAUGGGACGGGGUUCUCGGCCGGCGGUACGAACGAGGUCAAGAAGAGCGGAAGCGCGUUCCAAUGCUGAGAGGGCCAUUUAUGCUGAAUAACACUUCAUGGUGGCUUAUAGUGCUCUAUACCCAGAAAGUGAAACGCCCACAUAAAACGUGUAGGUACAGACCUAGUAUUGAAUAAGCUGUAGGAUACUUUCACCUCGGAG